AACAUGCCGUUUAUGUUCUCUCUUUAAUGCAUUUACGUAAUGUUAUGGUGAUGUAUUGUCUCAAUAACCCCCUGGCGGUCCUUUUACAACAAUGUAUGCUAUGUUUGUACUGUUAUGUAUUCUGUAUGUCAAUAAAGAUCUAUUUAAAAAAAGAAGAAAACGUCACCUGCUAAUAAACACCAGAAGAAGAGAAGGCGGACUUUGCUUCGCUUCCUUUCAAGGUUAUGGCGGUAGAACUCUGUUUCUGUGGGCUUAGAGACUGUAGAUUUGGAUUGAUAUCAUUGAAGGGAAUCAAUAUGAAUGCAAAACUUAAUAGAAAAGCGGCGUAUGGUGGAUAAAAUGUUAAUAACUCUGUGUUACGUCUAUAUGUGGGUCCGUUUUCACAAGUGUUACUCGGUGCUGAUCCGCAACAGUCUGUCCAGGCUGAGAAGCAGGAAGAACAGCCUCUGUCUCAGCUUCUGUUCCGGCUCCAACUCGGGCUCUGCGCACCCCACAGCAACGCCCCCAGGACUCCACACAGCCGUUCCACAUUCCCAGCAGCUUUUUCCUCCCGAGGAUAAUGUUUUCCUCCAGCUCGGAGACAAGGCCGUCUAUGUCACGGAGGCUCAGGAGUGUGAUGACCUCAGCCAAUGGACUGUUCUUGGAUCCUCUUUAAUUGAUGCUCAACAAAUAGAUAAUAUUUCAUUCAUAAUAGAAGCUGCAGAGAACCAAGUGGGAUAUCCUCCUGCAACAAAUAAGCAAGUACUGAAGUGGUCUGACUACUGUUUCCCCCUGGCCUUCAGCCCGGAUCAGCCAUUCAAGGCGGUGGCACAGACUAGUCUAGAUAACUUCAGCCGUCUUGGGGUCGCUUUUAUUGAAGAUCGCCUUCAACUGGACAGUGGACUGGUGCCUUCAAAGAUAAUCCCUGUUUUGCUCCAAGAGAGCACUCUCAGAAAGGUGUUGGAACGGCAGUGUCUUGAGAGGCCACAGCCUGUGGGGGCGCUCUUACUUUCGUCCACUACUCCUGAGGAGGGCCUCUCCGAGUCAUUCUCUCAGCUGUUGCCUGCUGACCAACAGAAUCUGCACUUGCGAAAAGGUAGUCUCCUGCUACCCCUAGAGGUGAAGAAGAGGCUGCAGGAGCGGCGGGGAUCAGAGCCUCUGCCCAACUCUCAAACUGUUAAUUUAGAAUCCCAUCAUCACCACAUGGAGGGCUAUGGACACCACCUUCAUCUCUCCAGCUGCCAUGAAUGUUUAGAACUGGAGAACAGCACCAUCCUCUCUGUCAAAUAUGCCUCGGCUGAGAACAUUCCAGAUCUACCUGAUGACACCUCUGUGGGGCUGGAUAGUGUGGAUGGGUGUCUGGCUGAACUAGAACAUGAUUCUACGGGGUUUUUUGGAAAAGCACCAAACAUUCUUGUGUACACAGGUGGAUGUGAGGAACGUUUUCAAGCAAUUCAUCAACUUUUGGUAGACUGCAUAAAUGUGGAAAACAACACUAUUUAUCCCCUCCUGCAAGAACAAGCGCUAAGUGACCCAUGGCUGGACAACACCAGGCUCCUGGUUUUGGCAGAAGAGGAAUCCUUGACUGCUGAGCUUCAGACUCGCUUUCUUACUUACUUAAGCAAGGGUGGGAAGGUGCUAGGGCUGGGCUCCGCUUUGUGCCCGGCAGGUCUCCAUCUGGAAGUUAAGGAAGGACAAUGCCUCCAGUGUAGGAAGUUGAUCUUCACCAGAGAAGACAGCACAGAGCUGGAAGCAACCAUUCUGGCAAGUGGAAAGGUCUACAUUCGGGAUCCUCAGGGAGGAGGGGAAGUGGAGCUCUGGGGGGAGCUGAGAAGUGACGUCGCGAACCAGAGAGAAAUGGUUAUUGUCAGGUUAACUCAUGGAGCCGACGGCGGGGAAGCUGUCUUCUGUCAGGUAAAGAUAUUAUACAUAAGGAGUGCAAAUGCUAAUGGUACAAAUUUUAACACCAGGACAACAGUUACAUGUUUUCAGGUUUUAUGCUGCUGGAUUGGAACCAGGUUGGAAGUGGAGCUUUAAAAUGCAAAAUGUUUCAAAAUGUAAAACAUGUUUUUACAUUUUGAAAAAACACAUUUUUCAAAAUGUACAAGACAAGCUCCCAAAGCUCCUGUUCACAAUCCCCCGUCCGACACUUUUAGGAGAAUAACAUU